AUGGGAUUGCCGCGCUUCGCCAGGCCUUCUCGGCCGCUGUCUCCAACCGCCCCACACUUUGAUCUCUUGUCCUCCAUCCGCGAGGCCCUCCAAGUUUCCAACAUAUCCUGGGCCGAACAACACGUGGGCGGCCACGCUGACCGAACCAAGACAUGGCGACAGAUGUCUUGGUGGGAACGACGGAACUCCGAGGUGGACGACAUUGCCCAGGGCUACGCCGACGAGCUGAUCGCCACCGACGACACGAUCGCCACCAAUCCCAAGUUCUUCUCCGAACCCUGUGCGAUCUACAUCGACAACGAGAAGGUCUCCUGCCUGGCCUUGGAAUCGGUCGACGAAGCCGUUGUCCUGCCGGAAUUGAUGGAAUAUUGGGCAGCCAAAGGCCGCCUCGCUCCCGAACACUUCCGAUUGGUGGACUGGCUGAUAGUGCACCGAGCGAUGAAGUCUCUGAAGCCCGCCGAACAGCGCUUCAUCACAAAACACACCGUUGGGAUGUGCGAUGUCGGCAAGUUCCGUUAA